UUCCGAGAGGUGGUGCGGGGCGCGGGGGAGGCUCGGCGUCGCGCGCGGGCUCGGGCGGGCCGUGAGGCGGAGCGUGUGGGUCCGGUCCCACCACGUGCGAGGCGGAGAAGGCAACCCGAGGCAUUGUGUGCAUGAGCGGGCUCGAAUGCGGGGCCGAAGCUGGGCCCCCAGGUAGACACGGCCGCUCCCGCCGCGUCUCCGUCUUCCUGAAGUCGUCUAACAUCACCGUCGGCGAGCGGCUGCAGAGUGGCAACGGCGUCGACGUGAAGGGGCUGGUCCUGGAGGAGGCCGGCACCGAGGCCGGCGGCCUCCCCCGCUGUGAUCGCCGGCGCCGUCGCCGCCGCCGUCCGGCUGGGCCUGCCGAAGACGUGCUGGAGCGGCGGCCCCGGCAGGCCUCGGCAGCCCCCGCGGCGCACCCCCGCGCGAGGAGCUCCGCUAGCGGGGGCCGCCCGGGCGGGCGCGGGCCAUGACACAGUGGGGCCACGCCGACCCCACGCCCGUCGACACCCCCAAGACCGGCGACGAGAAGCUCAUGGUGGCCGUGAGGAUCCGGCCCCAUCGACCUGAUGAGGGCCAGCGGGUCGUGCACGCGGUCAAUGAAAAGACCGUCAUCCUCGAGGAUCCGCCCCCGUCGGGGUCACGCGCCAGGGCGCGGGGGCCCAGCCGGCAGUACCUGUGCGACAAGGUGUUCGAGGAGGAUGCCACUCAGGAGGAGGUGUACGCCAGCACCACGCGGCCCCUCGUGGACGCCGUGCUGCGCGGCUACAACGCCACCGUGUUCGCGUACGGCGCGACGGGGGCGGGCAAGACGCACACCAUGGUGGGGCCGGAGGAAGCCGACGACCCCAGCCAGCAGGGCGUGAUGGUGCGCGCGCUCAACGAGCUCUUCGGCCAGGCCGCGCACCUCGGCGACAAGGUGACGCUCUCCUACCUCGAGAUCUACAAUGAGAACAUCCGCGACCUGCUCAACCCCUCGGGGCCCACGACGUCGGGGGGCUCGCUGGAGCUGCGCGAGGACCAGAGCGGCGGCGUGCGCGUGGCGGGGCUCACCGAGGCCAACACGCGCUCCACGGCGGAGGUGCUGCAGCUGCUGCACCGGGGCAACCGCGCGCGCACCGUGGAGCCCACCGCGGCCAACAAGGCCUCCUCGCGGAGCCACGCGCUGCUGUCCGUGCGGCUGACGCGCAGCGCCGCGCCGGGCCGGCCGCGCGCCCUGAGCGCACCCAGCGGCCGCCUGUACAUGAUCGACCUGGCGGGGUCCGAGCGCGCCUCCAACACCAAGAACCGCGGCAAGCGCCUCCAGGAGGGGGCGCACAUCAACCGGUCGCUGCUCGCACUCGGCAACUGCAUCAACGCGCUGGCGGGCGGAGCGCGGUACGUCAACUUCCGCGACUCGAAGCUGACCCGACUGCUCAAGGACGCGCUCACCGGGGACACGCGCGCCGUCAUGAUCGCGCACGUGUCGCCGGGCGAAAAGCACGGCGACGAGACCAGGAACACCCUGGCCUACGCGCACCGCGCGGGCACCAUCACCAGCAGGGCGGGCCAGUACCGGGACAUCGUGUCGGACCUGCGGGCCGAGAUCGCGCGCCUCCGGGCCAAGCUGGCCGAGGGGGAGCUCGCCGCCGUGAGCGCGCCAGUGUCGCCGAGUGCGGCCGUGAUCUCGAUGGCCACGACCUCUGCGGACGUGGGCGUGUCGACGCACGGUGGAGAGGGCGGCGGGGCGGCCCUGACGCACCUCCGCGACGACCUGGUGGCGACGUUCCGGGAGCAGAUGCGUCUGCGUAGGACGCUGCUGGACAUCGACGCGCAGCUGCUGCGCCUGGACUCGGAGACGGACCGCCAGCAGAUGAUCCUGUCGCGCGCCAACAAGCUGUACCAGGGCCAGGCGGGCGCGCCCAGCACGGCGGGCACCACGCGCACCUCCGUCCGCGGCUACAGGGACGUCCCCCGCGGCCCCGGCCGAGGCGCGCCGUCCACCAUCGCGGACACGGAGACAUCCGACGGGGAGAGCGCGUCCCCGCCGGGGUCGCCCAUGCGGCGCGCGCUCCACGCCCUCGAGUCCAUCGAGCACGAGCGCAGCCGACUCACGGACCUGCGCGCCAAGACGGAGCGCGACCUGGAGCGGGCGCGCGGGGAGGCGGCGCGACUGGAGGACGGGCUGCCGCUGCAGGCCAGCUCCGCGGAGGAGCGGGAGCUGCUGUCGCUGGUGCUGCGGGUGCACGAGCUGGAGGCGGAGCGCCUGGCGCUGCAGGGCGAGCGGGAGCUGCGGCGGCACGAGCUGCGGCGCCGGGACCUGCUGCUCAUGCGCUACGACCGGCAGCGACACAUCUGCGACGAGAUCAUCACGCGCCAGCGGAGGCUCAUUGAGGACGGCAGGCUGAUGCUGCCGCCAGACCUGCACGACCUGUACCGGCUGUACCAGAAGGAGAUUCACGCCGCCGCCUACUCCGCCUUCAGCCCGUACAGCGCCUACGGGCUGACGGACGCCUACGGCAGCCUGGGCUCCACGUUCACGGCCGACUCGACGGGCAGGGGGCUGUACACGGCGCAGCCGGGCAGCGAUGCGAUGGACGUGCGGACUUCGGCGAGGACCAGCGAGCUCCCGGCCAUCAGGAGGGGUGAGCGGAUGUACCGCCGAGCGCCCAGGGGCCACGCCCAGCACGGCCAGGGCGGCCGCGACUCCACGUCGCGCAGCAGCGGCCGCUCCCCGAACAGCUCCAACGGCUCCGACUGGGAGGUGGCCACGCUAGCGACGCUGCCCUCCGUGAUCGGCGCGGCCCCCACCGCCCCGGGCGGCUUCGCCGGCCAGCGCCCCGGCCGCGCCCCGGAGCCGGUCAUCACCGCGAGGCCACUGCAGUUCCCGCCCAUCAGCAUCGCCGGCCACGGCACGCUGCGGCGCGCCGCCAGCACGGACAACCUGCCCUCGUCGGCGGAGAGGGCGCGGCGGCAGCACGACAGCCCUCCGGUGUCCUGAGCAGCGGGGGCGGGGGUGGCGACGGGGGAGG